CAGAGCUGUGGCUGGUGGAUGAAUAGCGUUCAACGUCAACACCAUUUACUGUUGUGGGCUGAACAAGUAAUAAGACGCAGCUGGCUAUCAGACGGACUUAGACAACACGGUUAUCACUGUGCACCAGGAAGACAAGGUCCAUGUCCGGUGACUCUGCCGGUUGGGACGGGUUUCUAGGACUUUACACAGACGGCAGCUGACCGACUCGGUGGAGUAGCAACUCGCUGCUUUUCCGAUCAAAUAGGACAGACGACUCGCAAAAGUUGGGAUUCUUGCACGGAUUUAUCUUUGGACCGUUUUCGUAUCGAUACGAAUAGUUGACUUGAUCAGCCGUUUUUUUUUUAGCAAUACCGUGACUUUCUGGUUUGUUGUCGUCGUUUUGCCUCCGUUCUCCAGAAUAACGGCGACCGAUGCUUUUCAACGCACUGAUUGUUUCAUUUACGUUCGCCUCCGAUUCGAGGCGAUGUGGAAACGUUUUUUAUAAAUCAUUGGACUGGCAUGUCUCCCAAUUUGGUGAAUCCAAGAUCAAGAACUGUCCGACUGAACGGUCAUUCUUAUGACGGCAACCCAGACGGGAAGAAUUUCAUUUUGAAGCCUAUGGAAACAGUUACCCUCUAUGCUGAAGAAUAAGACAUGUGUCCCCAACACAGAAACCAUCGAUAACCUUCCUCACUGUCAGCACGUCACCCCAAUUUACCUUUCUCAGUUGUCACUGUUUAUGAUCAAGCGUCGUCGUUUCUACAAGAUAAACGGUAAAUAUUCAAGUUCACACAAACGCUCCAUCUUACAUCUGGGCACAACCAGUCAGCGUGACUGUCCAUCUUCCUGAGACUCCGCUGUCGGGCCACCAUGUGGGGCGCAGGGUCGCCACCAUCCCUGCAGGUCGUCCUAAAGGUCCUUAAACACGCUGCGGUCAAAGGACAGAUCCAGCUGAACCGUUGGCUCCAGAGAUCCUCCCCGGACGAGUGCGAUAAAAUGGACCUCUUGAUAUGCAACGCCUUUGACGAGAGAGGAGGCGCCGUCGGCAAGUCGGGUGGAGACCCGGAGAGCAUCGUUGACACUGGCGUGUCAUUCACCGGUGGCGCCACCAACGGGGAGUUCAGACACCCGUGUUGUAUUACCACGUGUUGCUUCAAGAGUGCCCUCCUGGCAUGCAUUCUGACAGCUGUGUGCUUCUCCUCCGUGGCUCUAGUCCGACAGUACCUCAAGGACCUUCUUCUCUGGGUGGAGAGCUUGGACAGCCUGGUUGGAGCCAUGCUGUUCAUAGUUGGUCUGAUCACUGUGUCCUUCCCAUUCGGCUGGGGGUACAUCGUACUGAACGUGGCUGCGGGAUACCUCUAUGGCUUCGUGCUGGGUAUGGGACUGGUGAUGGUGGGCGUGCUCAUAGGUACCUUUGUGGCUCACCUGGUGUGUAAGAGACUGUUGACGGACUGGGUGGUCAACAAGGUGGGGAACUCUGAACAGCUCAGUGCUGUAAUAAGGGUGGUGGAGGGGGGGAGUGGACUCAAAGUGGUGGCCUUGGCGAGACUCACGCCCAUUCCCUUUGGACUCCAGAAUGCAGUGUUCUCAAUCACAGACGUGUCGUUGCCAAACUACCUGGUGGCGUCGUCAGUCGGCCUGCUGCCCACGCAGCUCCUAAACUCCUACCUGGGCACCACGCUGCGCACCAUGGAGGACGUCAUCGCAGAACAGAGCAUCAGCGGAUACCUGGUCUUCAGUCUACAGAUCAUCAUCAGUAUAGGUCUGAUGUUCUACGUGGUCCAUCGGGCCCAGGUGGAGCUGAAUGCGGCCAUCGCUGCCUGUCAGAUGGAGCUGAAGACAUCACACAUGAACGGCACUUCCACCAAUCACAGCGGCUUCACGUACUGCAGCAAGAGGGCGUCGGCCGGGGGUGGGAUCAUCAACGUGGUCUGA